UCUCGCCUUUCGCCCGCCGACUGCUCCCAGCUCCCGGCUCCCGGGGGCUGAGGUGGAGCCGAGGACCCCGGCUCGGCUGCGGCUGAGCCGCCUUCUCCUCUGCGCGCGCGCGCCUGGUGUCGGCUUGGGCGUCGGGGAAGCCGGUUUUCGUGAAGUUUCAAGAGGGAGCAGAAUGAGGUGCUAUGUACAUCUGCCAUCAUCACCCAGAGAUAGUAAUCGUUUUCCUCUUCCAAAUAGUAAUGGCAGUACUGCCAGGAACAGAGUGCCCUCUACAGAAGCAGUCGUAUAUGAUUUACAAGUCAGAAGGCAAAUAAGCAUCCUGAGAUUAAGUAUGUAAAAUGUCUUUCCAAAAAUGCUUAGCUCUCUGAAUAAUCAUACUGUUGGAUUUUAAGGCCUAUAAAAUAUUCACGCUGUGACUGCCUAGACACCAGGCUUAUAGCAACCUAAGAAGAAAAACUGUAUUCUCCAGACUGCUUUGUCAAGAUGUGAAUCACCAGUAAUCACCACUGUCAUUGUAGACCUCAUUGGACUGCUUUCUUCUGUUUCCAGAAUAUAGUAUUUAAUGAAAAGUCCAUGCUUAAGUGGUGAAAAUGGCAGGCUUCCUAGAUAAUUUCCGUUGGCCAGAAUGUGAAUGUAUCGACUGGAGUGAGAGAAGAAAUGCAGUGGCUUCUGUAGUAGCAGGUAUAUUGUUUUUUACAGGUUGGUGGAUAAUGAUUGAUGCAGCCGUGGUGUAUCCUAAGCCAGAACAGCUGAACCAUGCUUUUCACACAUGUGGUGUGUUUUCCACAUUGGCUUUCUUCAUGAUAAAUGCCGUGUCCAAUGCUCAGGUGAGAGGUGACAGCUAUGAAAGCGGCUGUUUAGGAAGAACAGGUGCUCGAGUUUGGCUCUUCAUUGGUUUCAUGUUGAUGUUUGGGUCACUUAUUGCUUCUAUGUGGAUUCUUUUUGGUGCAUAUGUUACCCAAAAUACUGAUGUUUAUCCAGGACUAGCUGUGUUUUUUCAAAAUGCCCUUAUAUUUUUUAGCACUCUGAUCUAUAAAUUUGGAAGAACUGAAGAGCUAUGGACCUGAGAUCACUUCUCACAUCACAUUUUCCUUUUGUUAUAUUCUAUUUGUAGAUAAGUUUUUAUCUCUCAAUAUAAUUUACACAUUGCCAAAUGGAAUAGAUUGUACAUUAAAUGUUUUGUUUCUUUACACUUUUAUGCUCUGAGUUUUGAAAUAGUUUUAUGAAAUUUCUGUCCUUUUUUUUUCAUUGAAUAGAUUGUUAAUAUGUACAUAGUAUAAGACUAUAUAGAUGAGAUGAUCUGUGUCGGUUUUUUUAUUCUUGAAGACUUAAAGCUUAAUCUGUUCCCUGAGCCAGGGUUGUAUCAUCAUCUAAUUGUAGAGUUAACUACUUUGUCUCAGUAUCUCUAAUUUUCAAAAUGUGCAAAAAAUACAGCUCCAUAUAUCUGAAAUAAGCACUGAGCCAUUAAAAAAGGUAUAUCAGCAAGUUGUAAUUUAUUUUGGCUUAAAAAUGAGAUUUUUUUUUAAAGGAAAAAUGUUUGUUCUUAUGUAUAAAGUGGACUUUUAUACGAAGAUUUUUAAAAAUGCCUGAAGGACUAGUUUGAAAGCCUCUUUUAAAAACAAUUCCUCUCAUAUGACUUUAUUUGAGAAGGGUUAAUACAUGAUCAGAUAAGCUCAGUUUCAUAUGGUUGAUGUAAAAAGACUGUAAGGCAGCUCAGCAACAUGCUUCUUACAAAAGCAGCUUAAAUGGUUCUCUUUUGACAGCCUACUAUUAUCUGACAUUGCAAAAUUCUAUAUCAAGCAAGUUUGAGACAACUGCAGCUUAAAAGCAUGAACCAUAUAACAAAAAGUGGAAUAAUUAGUUUCAAGAUAAAGCACUUCUUCCCAAAGGGGAUUAUUAUGACCUAGUGAAAAAUUAGGCGUUUCAUCCACUCAGUUACUGACUGCAAGUCUCUUUUUGCUCUAGCUCUCAAGCUUUAGGUGAACUCUUCUUGCAGAAUACAUCUUUAACCUGAAAGUUCUUACUCCAGUCAGAAACUUCUUUUGCUGAGUUUGAAAUACUGUAUUUGCACUGAGUGUAUUCCCGUGAGAGAUUUCAGAGGGAUAGUUGGGUCUUUAUUUCUAUUUUUGCUUUCCUUUGUUAUACAGGUUUUGUGUUGCACUUUUUUCCUCCAGGGGGAUUUUUCUAUAGCCUUUUGUUGUAAGACAGAAUAAUAUCAGUGGUAUUGUAUGCAGCUUCUAAUAUAAGCCUUAUUUUGCUUAAUGUCUCUCCUCUCUGAGGAUCUCCUGUGCACAGAGUAUGAAGCAGUUGUGGAAUGCUGUGCCUUUGUCUAGAUACCAUCUUGUUUAAUUACUUCUUUCUUUGUUGUUUUUUCCUCAAAAAAACUGUGUCUUGCUUCCAACAAAUUUUAAGACUGAUUACUUGUUUCCACUCCCUUCUAACCUCUUGCAAUAAAUAUUACUUCUCACA